CUCUUGCUUUGUAGAACAUAUACAAGUUAUAAUGACACUAGAGGAGUCUGUUCAGCACGUCGUCAUGGCUGCUAUCCAAGAGUUAAUGAGCAAAGAGAUUUUGGGCUUUGUUGCAAGUGAUAUAUCCAGUGAUGUGGAGCAACAGCUGAAAAGAGCAAUGGAAGAACUUAAUGAAGUCAUUGCAGAAAAAGAAGAAUUGAAGCAAAGAUGUCAAGAACUAGAUUUGCAGGUGGCUGCCCUUCAAGAGGAAAAAUGCAGUUUAAUGUCUGAAAAUGAGAUAAUGAAUGACCGAUUGGAUCAGUUAGAUGGUUCAUUUGAUGAUACAAACACAGCAGUUGCCAAAAAGUAUUUUCAUGCACAGUUACAACUAGAACAAUUACAAGAAGAAAAUUUCAGGUAUGAAUUAAUAUAACCCAGCCACUUUUUCUAUCACUGUUGCAGCUUGAGUUGUUUACUGAAACAUAAUAGAAAAUGUUUCUGAAGUGCUACCUAAUGCAAAAAGCUAUAGUAUAGCUUUUGUACAUUCCCCAUUUUAAAUUCUGAAAAUUUAUAUAUUUCUGAAGUUAUUAUUGUAGUUUUUGCAGUGCUAGCUAUGGUCUAUUAGGUCUGGAGCUGUCAAAGGCCAGCCUUCUCUUAUAUUAUCCUGUUCAUUUAUGACUAUUUCUUGAAGAGGCCUUGCCUAGCUGUCUGUAUGCUAUAGAGAUUCAUAUUGUUUUCUUCAGUAAUUGUACAUACUCUGUAGAUGCAGUUUCCAGAGAGAUUAUUAUAAAACUAAUAUAGUCCAUUCCAUGUGUUGGGAUGAUGUUAUGAACAUGUAUAAAACAUUGGGAUUGUUCAUACUGGCUAUUAUGCGAGCAUUCUUUUAACUCAUACCAUCUCCAAGUUGAGUAGAGUCUACAUGAACUGCUUGAGCCAAGUUUAUUGAUCUAUGCAAGGGAUAGAGUACAAGGUUCUACCCUCUGAGAGAGUGCCAAGACAAAUCUUAUAUAAUGGAUUUAUUACAGGAAAAAGGACAGUAUAACCCUUCCAUGUCAUAACCCAGCCAAAUCCAUAUCUGUAGCGAUCUAGCAUUUUUAGUCUUUGAUUUGUUUAGUCAGCAACCUUGAGUAACACAGAAUUGACAAGGGGUCAGUUUCCUCUCCUCUGGUACAAAAGUCCCGAGUUUGCAGUUUUAGUUCCUUAGAAAGUUCUAUUUUAUUCUCAAGCAUUAGGUUAAGCAUUGAGGCUUUUCUCAAGUCAUUCCUGCUAGGCCAAACUAGUUUAUUAAUUAUUUGCUCUUUCACCACUACCAGAUCUCAUUGAUCAGACAUUAUAUUCAGUUCAUUUUUUUUCCUACUGUAGUAUAAUACAUGUGUAAUAUACUGCUUUUUAUUAGUGUAAUCU